AUGGGAGCAAAUACUAGCAGUUCUGUAAAGGAGGAACCAACGACUAGGGUUCUUUCGAUUGAUGGCGGUGGAGUUAGAGCCUUAAUCCCACUCGUUAUUCUAGCUAAACUCGAAUCUCAGCUUCAGUGGUUCGGGGAAAUAAAAUAUGAUGGCAAAUAUGUAAAUAAAGUAAUAAAAGAGAAAAUUGGUGAUACAAAACUGAAUCAAACUCUCACAGAUAUUGUCAUCACCACAGACCCCAUCACAUUCUCAACCAAUCAGGUGGAGGAUAAGGAUGUUUCACUCUCAGACAUCUGCAUUGGAAGUUUAGCUUUUCCGGCUUAUUUGCCUCCGCAUUCCAUCGUAACUAAAGAUUCCGACGGCAAUUCCAAACAAUUCGACCUCACUGGCAGUCCAAUCGACAAUCCGACAUCAGCUGCAAUGAUGCAAAUACGAAAGGAGAAGCGUGAUUGUUCCCCGUUUGUUUUGUCGGUGGGAAGUUGUUUACCUAAAUAUAACAUCAAGAAAGCAAGAAAAUGGUUUCUUUACAAAUACACAGUAAUGAAUGGUUCGUCGACCGUUUGGCGUACAAUCGGUCGACUUGCGUCAUUUCUCAUUGAUUACGACAGUCUCUUUUAUCUCCAAGACGCUCACGGUGGAGAAGAAUCUCUUCAACGCUUUCUCUCUCAAGAUAAUUAUCUUCGAAUUCAGGACGAUUCUUUAACCGGGGCAAUGUGUUCAAUAGACGUUGCGACGAAGAAGAAUUUGAAGAAUUUAGUGAAAGCCGGAGAAAAUUUGUUGAAGAAACGAGUUUCGAGGCUAGAUUCGAAAAGUAGAAAUUUUGUGCCGAUUAGCGAGGAAACGAACGAGGAAGCACUGUUUAAACUAGCAGCAGAGCUUUCGUGGGAGAAGCGAAUUCGAGAUCCGGAUUUUCUUGCGAUAGCAACAAUAUAAUAAAUACAUAGGCAUGGAUACAAAUUUAUUGUGGGGAAAUAUUAUUUUUAUUAUUAAAGUACAUAAUUGUCAUAGGAAUUUCUUGAUCUCAUUUAUAUACUGUUUUUUCUCUUGCUACAA